GUCAUCCGGUAAAUCAUGAUGCUCUUACGAUGUGCCUUCGCGUUUCAUAGACACGAAGAUACGUAUUAGUGUUGUCUUGCGCGUUUAAACGAACUGUGAUACGGAAGUGUGUAGUAGUCUAAUGUCAAGGCAUGUUUCGUUUAUUGUAAAUGUAUUGCAGUUAAAGUUGACACGCGACAUGUAAGCGAAAGCAUGCUCGAUGCAGCGCGAUGCAAUUUCAAUAUUAACGUUAAGUGCAUAAGUUCUUUUUGUUACAAUUACGACAAAACGUUGAUCGCGCAAGUUUCUGUUACACGUGCACGUUCAGCAUGUCUAUGAAGAAAGAAUCUCCUUGGGACGUGGAAUUGCAUUUGGCAGCUGCACGUGGAGAUGCAAAGCGUCUCCGCGUUCUCCUAGAUUCUGGCCGCGUCCACGUCGACUGCAAGGAUAAGGAUGGAACGACUCCUCUAAUAUUGGCUGCCGCCGGAGGCCACAUCGAAGCUGUUACCGAAUUGCUGCAACAAGGGGCGGAUCCUAAUGCCAGAAGGCUGACCGGCACUACGGCGUUGUUCUUCGCUGCCCAGGGUGGCUACAUGGACAUUGUCAGCCUUCUAUUGGAGCACGGUGCCAUUGUCGAUUCUUGUAGCAUAGACGGCGGUACCCCACUUUUCGUUGCGUGUCAGUGCGGUCACUUAGAUGUUGUGGAAGGUCUGAUCGAAAGAGGCGCCAAUCCGAACGCUUACAUGAAGGAUGGUGCAACCCCGUUGUUCAUCGCCGCACAGAACGGCCACGUGCGCAUCCUGGAGGUUCUGCUGGAGCACGGUGCAAAAACGGACGCUGCAAGAACCGACGGUGCCACGCCUUUAUGGAUAGGAGCGCAAAUGGGACACGAUCAUGUUGUGAGGAGGCUUUUGAAAGCUGGUGCGAAGGUCGAUGCCACCAGACAUGAUGGCGCGACCCCGCUGUUCAAAGCGGCACACAAGGGCCAUACCGCCGUUGUCGGUGAGCUACUCAAGUACCGCCCAUCUCUUGGUAUUCUUCCAAACGGUGAAAGUGCAUUGCAUGCGGCAGCUUUAACUGGACAAAUGACUGUUGCAAGGCAACUGGUAGGCGCAGGAGCGGAUCCUUUACUUGUGAACCAGGAAGGUGUUACACCCCUGCAAUUAGCAAUUAGACACUCGCAAACGCAGGUUGCCAAUUAUCUGAAAGAUAAAUGUCAAAAUAGUAGCACUACAUUUGGUAAAGGAUUUUUACAAGAUGUGCACAUUCAAAUGUCCCAAAAUAAAAAAUUACAAGAAGUAUUGGACGAAGUUGAAGAAGUUCGAGGUUUAAUUCAACUUGUCGUUGAAAACGUCACGAUUGUAAAGGAUUUACAUAAUAACGUUUUAUCAUACAGUAAUAAAGGUAUACAAAAAGAAUUGGAAAGUCGAACACAUACUAUUUCACAAACUUCAUUUCGUAUCCAACGAAAAUUAAGAGAAAUGGGAAAAGAUGUUACUUCCAUUGAUGAUUUCACUCUAGCUAGCGCGCGAGAGGGACCAAUACACGUACGAAUUAAAACGUUACAAUAUACGACGAUGUUAAGAUUAUUUUGCGAAAUUAUGGAAGAUUACAACAUAUCUAUGUUAAGAUAUCAGGAAAAAUGCCGUAUACUUUUACAUCAACAAAAAAUGUUAAUCAGGAAACAUAUUACAAGUGAAGAACUGGACAAACUACUUGAUGUUCAAGAAAACAAUUUGUUUGUUGAUAAUAUUUUAGAAGACAGUAGAAUUGCAAGACAACAAUUGUCAGACAUUCAAACUAGGCAUAGUGAUAUUUUAAAAUUAGAAAAAUCCAUUACAGAAGUUAGGGAUAUGUUUACUGAAAUAGCAUUUCUUAUUGAAAAACAAGGAGAGCAUGUAAAUAGUGUAGAAUACUUUGCUGGAACAACAGUAAAUAAUGUAGAUAGUGGCCGUACUGGCCUCAAAAAAGCAGAACAAAGAAGUCAGAGAUAUAGAAAGAGAAAAAUUAAGCUUAGUAUCAUAAUUAGUAUCAUAAUUAUUUUAUUGUUGCUGAUCAUAAUAUUUUUAUAG